AUGAAUCCAUCACGAUGGGGAUUCGAAGGGAACACUGAACUCACUUCGUUCGGUAAACGACAGGCGCUGGGUUUGGGCCGUGAACUGCGACGAUUCGUAGGUGAUUUGGUUGAUGGGAACUAUCUUCCUAACCAGGCUAAGUAUUACUCGAGCUCCGCCAACAGAUGUCAGAUGACAUUGCAGGUAGCCUUGGCCGGUUUCUACACUCCCACGAACUGGGCAGAUUGGCAGAAAUCGCAGUUCGACUUUUGGAGCCCUGUACAGUACACAAUUGACGCAUCCUAA